AUGAAAUUAACCGAAGAUAAUUAAUUGGUUCUUUAUUUUCGUCAUGGUCGAGUUAACCCCUUCUUGGUUUUACCUUACUCGCCACAGAUUCUUUUAAAAGUUAGUCUGAGCGGCAAAAAAGUCAUAAUUGGAUAAUAAAGUACGUGUUAACAUAUUUGUCGAAGAGUAAUCAAUAAAUCUCUUGAGCUAUCAUGGAACAGUACGAUGCUUCCUUUAAUUGUCAGACCAAAACUGCAGCGCAGUUUGAGCGGUUCAACGUUCUGGAACCUGAGUUUGAGCAGCAUGUGACUCCUAUAGACCUAACAGAGUUUGUGGAGCCGGCUACUCUGGUCGAAGCAGACUGUUCGUAUGGGUCAGGGGAGCGAGUAGACAAUCCAGAGGUCUAUGAUUUCAGCGUCCGAACUGAAUCCGACGAGAGUCGACAACACGAUGAUGAACUGGCAGAUUCGGGAAGGGGAAGACGACUGACGCUGGAGAUGUACAGGGGAGACAUGCGAAGUUUGGCUAAGCAACGGAUGGUGGACUGCAGUGCGGUCUCGAUAUCAAGGACUGCAAUGUUGUCUCCCCCGAAUACUAAUGAGUUGGAGAGUUUCGGGGAGGAAAAAGGAAGUGGGCGGAGCAUGGAAAUACUCACCUGUUCUGAUGGAGUUGAACAUGAGGAGGAUAACUCAUUUGAGGAUAACUCGAGUCUUCUUCCGAACCAGAACUCAGACUCUGAUAGAAACAUCGACUCCGAGUUGAAUGAUUCUUCUGAGGGAGCGCUUUCAGAUCUAGGAGAAUUUGAUGCUGGCGAUGAUAAUUCUGACUCGUCGUCCAGUGCUUCAUCUACAUUCGAUGACAUCAGUGGCGAUGAUAUUGAUGACGUCAUGGAGGACUUCGAGAUUGUGGAUCCGGACGAUUCAGAAAUGGAACAAGAACCAUUCGAGGAGCUUAACAAGGCGUUCAAAACGGACGCGCCAUCAUUUUCUAUGAGUAUGAAUACCAAUGACGUCAAUAGAGUUCCGUGCUAUUUGGAGGACUACCUGCUGCGCAGUGACUACAUAGCUCACUAUCAUCGCGACUUCGUCGUCCGCAAGCGGAGAUUGGGGCUCUGUGCUAGAGGAGGGGGUGGGAGGGAAAUCAGCAGUCGAACAAGGGAAAUUGUGGUGGAUUGGUUGAUCCAAGUACAGAAUUACUGUGGGUUUGAGCUGGAGUCUCUCUACACUGGAGUGGCCAUGUUUGAUGUCUACAAUGCAGUCUGUGUGCCUGAUGUGGAGAGUGUCCAGCUAGUGGCCAUCACUUGUAUCCUCAUAGCUACUAAACUACACGAAGAAGACCACGUAGAUAUAGGGAAGUUGAUCCAUUUGACGGAGGACAGCUACACUAAGCAGCAGGUGUUGGAGCUGGAGAGGAAUCUGAUCAAGUUCUUCAACUUCAAACUAGACUUCUCCACCCCCUUUCACUACAGACUACUCUACGAACACGAAGACCCACAGAGGCGAGUGCUGGUCGAUUACCUGUUGGAGUUAGCGAUGAAGGAGCUGUUCUACACCCAGUUCAGUCCACUCCAUCUGGUGGAGAGCUGCAUCUGGGCAGCCAUCAUUCUCCAGUCUGGACCCGCCAGCAGACCAUGCAUCAGUCAGACACACGUUCUGGGACCUCCGAUUCUUCUAGUUCUACAAACGGUACAAAACUCAGCCACUGACCAACGAACUGGAGCGAAGGAGAAGUACUCGAGUGAGAAGUUCCUUUCGAUCAGUCGGAACCCUUGUGUGACUCAGUUUUCAGCCGCUCAAGUAAAUAUCGGCUCCGGCUUAGCCACAUCUUGUGGAACUGGCGAGGUCAACGCGGAGAGAUGUCCCAUCUGACCCUAACGGAACAGACCGCAACCAAUUAAUAGGCAAAGAAAUAUUUUAUUAAUAAUUUAAAUAUCUAUAGAAAUAAACAAAUUAAUAAAUGUUUAGUUUGUAUUAUGAGCAGGAAUUUCCGAACAAAUAUGAUUGUUGGGUCCCUAAAUUAAUGCUACGUUUCUGACGAAAAAAUGAAGCUAUUUUAUUGCUUUUGUUUGGUCUGCAACAGAACUUGGGAGUUCCUCCUUUCAUGGUUGUUUUUUCUAAGAAACCAACCAUCAUUGUUCGACUUGGGCUCAAAAGUUGGCAAUCUUUUUGUAAAAGAUUGAAAACGAUUUAAACUCAAAUCCCACAAAUCUAUCUGUGCCAUAAAUUUUUCAGAAUGACGGUGUGCUGGUUUUCGACUCAUUCUUGCUAUAUGUUCAUCUGAAGACUGGAGCU